UAUCUCUUUAUAUACCUCCUAUUUUUGGAGAUGAAUAUUAUCGAAGCAUAACAAACAAACACCGAAUUCUUAUUUUCUACUUGGUAUCAGAGCAGGUUCAAUCCUGUGAACUUGCACCGUACUUUGAAACCCGAAAUCGAAAGCCGAAAAACACCCAAACCUUGAAGUUCGAAAUAAGUCUUGAAGGUCACCAUCAAUUGCCACACCUUUUGUUUAAUUAAAAGCCAACAAGCCAAGCCGUAGCCAUCCUAGCCAACAAGUUCUGCUGUCACUUUUGUUUAUCACGUGCAAGCUUCUCUUUUCUGCUAAAUGGAGGAUGAUGUUGCAACUCUUGCACUCCACAACAUGCCACCAAUCAUCAAUCAUUAUCAUACCACAGCUCAAGAUAACUCAGCGUUUCCAACGGGCGUUGUCUUGAAUGAAUCCAACUACACAAUAUGGGCACCUCUUAUGAAGAUGAGGAUCGGAGCACGAGGAAAGGUUGGCUACCUUACUGGAGCUAAAGCUGCACCAAAUGUAGAUUCUACUGAAUUUGAAAUUUGGACCACAGAGAAUGAAAAAGUGAAGAGUUGGUUAAUUGAUUCUAUGGAGCCAUCACUCAUGAAUCGGUAUAUCCGACUCCCGACAGCCAAAGAUGUGUGGGAAGCUGUUGAGAAGACUUUUUAUGAUGAUUCUGAUGAAACCAGGAUUUUUGAAUUAAAUAAGAAGUGUUUUGGAGCAAAACAGAAUGGCCGGACUCUUCCUACCUACUACAAUGAAUUGGUGGGAAUGUUUCAGGAAAUUGAUCAGCGUAUGGCCUCUCAAAAUAACACAGUGGCUGCAGUUGUUCAAGAGACCAAUGUUAUGGCACGAAUGCGAGUUCAUAUGUUUCUGAGUGGACUCGAUUCAGAGUAUGAUCAAGUCCGUGGUGAGAUUUUGCGCAAAGACCCAAAAUUCGACUUGGAGCAAAGCUAUGCAUAUGUUCGAAAGGUGCAUUCUGAGAGGCAGGCAAUGGGACAUGCUUCUGAAUCCUCUGCCAUGGUUGUCCAACGUCAACAUGGUCCUUCCUCAAGAUUCUCAACUCCUCCACGUCGCCCUCCAGGUAAAGCAAAUCCAUAUGCAAAUACAAAGUGUCCGGUCUGUGGAGAUUUGGGUCAUAGCAGGCAACGGUGCUAUGAAGUGAUUGGCUACCCUGAUUGGUGGGAUUUCACUAAGAAACCGCGAAAGAACCUUGGAAAAGCUGCCGUGGCUACUACAGAGGAAACACAACCAUCUACUGGCCUCCGCUAAUGCAGCCCAGUCAGGUAUGAAGGGUAAGGUGUCUAUGAAUAGUUCUUGGAUAAUUGAUACAGGUGCAUCUGACCAUAUGACUAAU